CCGCCACGCCAGCCAAUCGCGCUCGAAGAAACCGUUACGAGUUUCCGUUGUGUAUGCGUGUUUGAACGAUCUAGUGCACAUUUGUCAUCUGCGUGCCGUGAACCACUCCCGUGUGCGGUGUUACCCGUGUUUUCGCGAUCCUCGUUAAAGCAAACUGAGCAACAUGGCUGUUAAUGUGUACGCUACAAACAUGACAUCGGACAAUCUCAGUCGCCACGACAUGCUGGCGUGGGUGAACGACUGUCUACAAUCUUCGUUUACCAAGAUCGAAGAGCUCUGCACUGGAGCUGUCUAUUGUCAGUUUAUGGACAUGCUCUUCCCAGGCAGUGUACCUUUGAAAAGGGUCAAGUUCAAGACCAAUCUGGAGCAUGAGUAUAUACAGAAUUUUAAAAUUCUCCAAGGCGGCUUCAAAAAGAUGAAUGUGGAUAAGGUAAUACCAGUGGACAAGCUGAUAAAAGGGCGCUUUCAAGAUAACUUUGAGUUUCUACAGUGGUUCAAAAAGUUUUUUGACGCAAAUUACGACGGACGUGAAUAUGACGCUUACGACGCGCGCGGUUGCAUACCGCUAGGUUCUGGCGUGGAUGGAACGCACACUUUAUCGAAUCCUCAGUUGGUACCUUUGCCACCACAAUCGAAACAGCCGCAAAUGCAACAAAGACAUAUACAGCAACGUAACAUCAUUGUGCCAAUUGAUAGGCUGGUGAAAGGCAGGUUCCAAGACAACUUUGAAUUUUUGCAAUGGUUCAAGAAAUUCUUUGAUGCAAACUACUCGGGAGCAGAGCCGUAUGAUGCGCUUGCUAUGCGAGGAGGAGAGCCUAUGGGUAGUGGCGGAAAUAAUGCACCUCGUGGUGGUUCUAACGCGAAACGUACUUCUCCACGUGACACAAUAAGUUCGACUAAACCGGCUCCUCGUACUACUGGUGAGGGACAUCCAUCUACCAUGCGUGCAGAUAGUACAAACUCUUUAGUAAAUAAAGUUCAGCAGCCGUAUCGUGCGCCUCCCAAAAACACAGUUGGCAAUCGUGGCGAUAACGGAAAAGUUGAGGAACUUAGUGCACAGUUGGUUGAACUGAAAAUGUCAGUCGAAGGUCUGGAAAAGGAGAGAGAUUUCUAUUUUGGAAAAUUACGUGACAUAGAAGUCAUGUGCCAAGACUGUGACAACGGCGGCGAUCCUCCACCUAUUGUACAGAAAAUUUUAGAAGUUCUUUAUGCAACAGAGGAUGGUUUUGCACCACCUGAGGAAUUGGAAGGUGAUGGACUUGCGCCUGACGACGAGGAAGAAUAUUAACCUUUUUUAUUUACGGAUGUAAUCGAAAUGAACAACAGCAAAUUAUCCAAGUGCGUUUCAGUUUAUCAUGCCUGUGAGCCAGUAUCAUUACCCCUUGCAUAAUUAUUACAUAAGCUAUUUUACAUGAGCAAAUUCAAUAUUCCCGUUUUUGCGCGGAUUGUGCAUACAUUUUGUUAAUAAAGUUCACUGAAAUCAUUAAGAUUCGCACAACAUUAGAAUAGAUUUAAGUUGAGUAGUGCACUUGAAUAACUUGUUCUUUAUUGGCCGUUGCUAAACGAGGGAAAGAAAUGGAGAAAAUUAGAGGAAAAAAAUCAACUAGUAAUCUAUCACAAAUUAUUGCAAUUCCUUAUAGCGUUAAAAUGAUAGAGUUCCGAAGAUCAAUGGCUCUCGAAUUGCCUCAAAAAUUUAUGUGGAUACCGAUGCCUAUUAAUGUUAUCUGCAUCCGUACUGUUACGUAGCGACUUACGUUAACUACACAUUUUUUUAAUGCGUGAGUGUUUUGUUUGUAAUUGUAUUAAGUUUGAUUGAUAAUGAAUCACGAAGCCCCCAUCAAUAAUUUUGCCUUUUGAAAUCUAUAGUCAUCUAAAACAUUAGAUCUAUUGAGAAGUUCAAACAAAAACUGCUCAAUUUGUUCCACUCGUUUUCUAUGUGCAAUAUGACCGAUGCAUUCAAUAGUUUCAUGUGAAAUACUAGAUUUUCAUCGUCAGCAAAAUAAUUUGGAUAUACAUAAUAUUAAUAAUAUUAAAAAUUCAAUUCCGCUUUGAUAUUCUAUCUGCGUCUUACCAACAUAGAAACUACUGCAUAACAUAUUUGUAAGAACAUAAACACCACGCGCAUAUAGUCCAGAUAUUUUGAUUUCAAUAAAUUAAAUGUGUGCGCUUCGUGAAGGCAGAUUGCGAGACAAAAUGGUACGCUUAUGCGAUUACUGACUUACAAAGAUAUGAAAAACUUGAAGUUAGAGCUGAUAUUGAAAGAUUCAUCUAUUAAUGUUUAUCCCGUACAAAUCGAUUUUAGAAAAGAACCGAUCAUGUUUGCAUCUCCAUGACAGUCUCUCGGGAUAUAAGAAUGGCCUUAAAACGCGGUGAAUUUGAGAUUCCGGUAUAAUACUCAGAAUCGCACGAAUAAACGCGAAAUGUUUUUUUUUACAAUUAUAUCGUACAGGCACCGUGAAUUAUGAUGCUGCUAUAUCUCAUUUUCGUUAAAAAAAAAAAAGAGUAAAAUUCAUACGUUCCGAGAGCAGAGGAAUGAGAGGGACAACGAGCAAAAGAGUUACGGCAUGUAGACGUUUUGCAAACGCUUACGUGUUUUUGACAUGUGUGUGUGCUUUCAAUAUUAUAUUGGUUUCGACAGUCGAGAUCAACAUUGAUUGUAGAUGCGUCAUAAUCGAAUUAAUUUAAGCGAGAAGCGUCGUGACAUAAUUAUCUAGAAUGUAAUUUGCAUUACGUGCUACGUCUUUACUAAGUUCUAGCAAAAAAGAAUACAGUUUAGCUUGCGCUCUAGCUGUUCAUUCGCUCUGUAUGCGCGCAUAUGUGCUUCAAAAUUUAAAAUUUUAAUGCCGAUAUAAUAAACGUUUAAUAAAAUCGACUCGAUUGUUUUCGAAUCCUCGAAUGUAUUCGAAUAUUUCGAUAUAUUUGAUACGCAGUGAAAAUAACCUAUGUAAUUAUAAUUUUUUAAUUGAAAUUCGCGAGAGAAGGUCAUACGAGAAAGAAAGAGAGAAAAGCCUUGAAUGCUAAAUUGCGAUCGUGUAAUUAUCUAGUAGAAU